UCUGGCUCUAGUUGUAGUGCAGAGUGCAGUUCUGUUAGUUUUGUUGUGUGUGUGAAAAGAGUACGUUGUACUUGUACGUUCUGAUAUUGAGAUCCUUAACUGAGGUUUUCGUGCUCGUCUACAUGGUCCAGAAAGCCCAAAACAACAACGAUCAUUCGGACAUGUAUAUCUUCAAUAUUUAGCAAAUUAGCAAAAAGAGAGCUGAAAGACGUGCGAUAAAAAGUACUCGCGCGCGCGCGCGCGCGUGCGACGCAAGAGGGGUACAGUACAGUCAUAGUCAGGUCACAGUCAAGUCAAACAAGCCAUACCUACCUACCUACCUACACGAUCAGAUCAGCAUCAGACUGAUCAGGGGCACAUUAAACAUACUUAACGAAGUCAUUGUUCGUCUUGCAGUGCGGGCUAACCACUAACUGUAAUAAUAACCCUGAACUCCGGGGCUCUAUGGAUUUCGGGGCAUUAAAAUUGUUUCUCCCGAAGAAGAUCGCCAGCAGUUGGUGUUCGUGACAUUUUGCUCUUGCCUCUACUCUCUUUCUUAUAUUAUACUUUAUUGGUAACUGGCGUAACUGCUCAGUGUUGAUGUGUUAGUGUUAUAUUUAUAUGUAGUGUCACGAAUGUAUCGAGAUGUACUCCAACUGCAUGUAGGUACUGCAUUUACGAAAUCACGAAUACGGAGCUAGUGCAUAAACAAAAGAGUGCGGUAUCUACAAAUUUAUUUUCUCUACUUACUCUCGACGUGCAUUGGGAGAGAAAAAGAAUAUAUUAAUAAGAGAACAAACACAGACAGCUGUGCUGCUUAUCCUCCUGUGUUGGUGUACAUAUUUAUCUAUAUGAGUUUACAAGUGUAUACGUAGAUGUGCAGUUAGUUGGUGUUCGCGCAAAAAGCGAACGUCGUCGGUCGUCGCGCAAGGACGCGUAAACAGACGACGAGGCCGUCUGUGUCUGACACACGACACGUUGCAAAAAUAUCUAUAUAUAAACCCCGGAGUAUAUUACCCCUCAUCGGUUCGGCAUUAUUAUUAGUAUUAUAUUUUCUCUUGGCGGUGGCGGCGUCGUUCCCAUACGCGUCCUCCGAUCGGGCCAGGACACAAAAGCCCGUCCGUGAGGACGUGGGACCAUCAGUUUGACGGACUCCCGGUUCACAUCAGACUGAGAUGAUGGAAAGUUCCGAGGAGCCGACGAGUUUGCAGUCGAUCUGCGCCCUGCAGGCCUCGGAGCUCUACCCGAAGCACAAGAUCGACUUCAGCGAGCCCGAGCUGGCGGUGCCCUUUGAGCUGCUGAGCGGCGAGUACCUGAUAGCCCUGGGUCGCACGUCCGACGGCGUGCUCGCUCUUUCCAACUACAGGCUCUACGUCUACGGGCCCACCAAAGGAUGCCACAACAUACUCCUCGGUCUGAUCGAGCACCUCGAGGUCAAGGAGAUAUUUUUCCUACACAUUGGCUGCAAAGAUGCCCGAUCUUACAGUUGCUCUUUUACGACAAACGACCAGUGUACGGAUUGGUACAAACGUAUACACAAAGUUAUUCUUCCAAAGAAGAGCAUCGAUGACAUGUUCUCGUUCGCUUACUAUGCCUGGACUAAGGAGGAGGGCAAGGAAUAUCCCAGGCUACAGAAAGAUACGACCAACUUUAUCGACACUUUUAACGCAGAAGUGAAUCGGCUAAAGUUCAACGUCAACGGAACUUGGCGUAUCAGUCAAAUAAACAAAGAUUACCAAAUGUGCCCGUCUUAUCCGCCUCAAUUACUCGUUCCUGCGUGCAUAUCUGACCAAAUUCUCGAGGCCGUUGCCAAAUUCAGGAGUUCCAGAAGGAUUCCGUCGGUAGUGUGGAGACAUACCGGUAAUGGGGCUGUGAUAGCUCGCAGCAGCCAACCAGAGGUCGGAUGGUUGGGUUGGCGAAGCUCGGAAGAUGAAGAUCUUCUAAAAGCAUUAGCGGAUGCAUGUUCCUACGACAGAGGCGACUCCACUGGGGUCGACUCGCCGGAUUUCGACGCUGAAGACGAGCCAGCUCGAGCACCUCCGCCCAAGAAAGUCUUGAUUAUCGAUGCAAGGUCUUACGCGACGGCAGUGGCGAAUCGAGCACGGGGUGGUGGCUGCGAGUGUCCGGAAUACUACCCCAGUAGUGAUAUACAGUUCAUGAAUCUCGCUAACAUUCACGCGAUAAGAAAGAGUUUUCACCAACUACGACAACUUUGUAGCGCCGAUGCCGAUCAAAAUUGGCUGAGCGCUUUGGAUGCCACAAAAUGGAUGCAAAAUAUGUCUGGAUUGCUGAGGGCAGCUGUUACAGUUGCCAGAGCAAUCGAGAUAGAAGGGCGGCCAGUAUUAGUUCAUUGCAGUGAUGGUUGGGAUAGAACACCUCAAAUCGUUGCUCUUGCUCAAAUACUUCUUGAUCCGUACUACCGCACGAUGGAGGGAUUCAAAGUUUUAGUCGAAAAGGAGUGGCUCGACUUUGGCCACAAAUUUGCCGAUCGUUGCGGUCAUACGGUAGGAUGUGAAGAUCCUAACGAACGGUGCCCAGUCUUUUUACAGUGGCUAGACUGCGUAUAUCAAAUAAGCAAACAAUUCAAGUGCAGUUUUGAGAUGUCGUCUUUAUACUUUGUAAAAUUAGCUCAACAUGUAUUUUCUCAAUUAUUUGGUACAUUUUUGUGUAACACGAGGCAUGAAAGACUGCAAUUAGGAGUUCGCGAGCGUAGCUUUUCAGUAUGGCAAUUUUUAAAUUCCACGACUUUUCAAAAUGGUCUCUAUGACGGCAAAAAUAAUGUGCUAUGGCCUAGUUUUAAUGUGCGAGAUCUUAAGCUUUGGUCCGACGUUUAUCUCGGUACUGUAGAACCUUAUGCAGGUACCAAUGACUCAACUCCACGUGUCCCGGUAAUCGACAUAGAAAAUAACGAUAGUGACGAGCUACAAGGACAAAUGACCAAGACUCGUUCUUUUGGAGAUCUCAUUCAAGUACAAGAUCAUACUUCUUUCCUGCCUCGAAGAUUAAGCGAUCCGAAUAUCGCAAUUGAAAAAAAAUUCGAGGGCAAUGUGCAGAAAGAGCCGGAAAAAGUUGAGACUUUAAAUGGAUGUGCAAACGAAAGUGAUAAUGACGAUUCUGAAAUAAUCAAUACAACCUACAAAGAGACUGAAAGCAAAAAGAAUUUAUUAAAUGGCGAGCAAGAGUCGGUCGACUUACCAACUAGUAACUCAGGAGAUAGCUCUACAGACACAUUAAUACCUAAUGGUGAUGCAAUUCUUGCAAAAUAUAGCGUUGAAAAGGAACCAGUGCUAACGAAUCACGUUCAAAAUGGCGAAAAUAAUCAUUUCGUUGAGCCCACAAGUGUCACUUGUCACUCUUCUGUCCGCAAUCAAAAUUUUAACCACGUCAACGAUACAACUGAAAGUAAUGGAGUUCCAGUGUCGUCACGAAUAUCAAGCAGUACUUUUCCAGCAUCGCCUACCCAUCAUCAGGACAAGGAAAAUUUUUUAGUGGAUUACGAUGGCCUGCCACUAACAAAAGGGGAUGAAGUACAAGAAAGAGUUGCCAAACUCAUAAAUGAACACACGGUCGUCGUGGAGGCAUUGAAAAAAGAGCUAUAUGCAACGAGAUUGGCUCUAAUCAAUCACGUGUCCAACAGCAACAUCAUAGAUUCAGAUCGAGUUAGCGAUGUCAGCUCGUUACCAGACUCUGUUGGAAGCACUGUCGAUCACGGCGAAUCAGUACCCUCAGACUUGUCUUGGGAAGCAUUAGAAGAGCCUGUAGCUCCAACUCGCUGGGUACCAGAUCACGUAGUCAACAUGUGCACAGGCUGUAGCACUGUAUUUUGGCUUGGCAGGCGCAAACACCAUUGCAGGUGUUGCGGAGACAUUUUCUGCGCCGAUUGCUCGGAAAACUGGACGCCUGUUCCCAACGAGCAGCUGUACAAUCCAGUGCGCGUGUGCCAAAAGUGUUUCUUACAAAUGAAUCCAGGUAGUUCUCGUCAAUUGGUAGAGCAGCAGCAUCAAUCAAAUGGGCUCGUUAAAAACUAUGCUAUUGACGCAAUCAUCGAGUCACAUCAGCAACAGCACCAACAGCAACAUUCUAUGCCUCUGCCACAACCAAUAAUGGCCUGCCAUCGCUCGGCGCGGAAAGGCAAGGAUGAGUGCUGCGACUCGGCUUUUCAGCAAAAAACAAUCGUCGAAGCAAGCACCGCUAACUGAGCCGCUUCUUGAUGCUGAUUUUUAACAGUUCGUAACUUGGCUGAUUUUCAUAUAUGUAAACGACGAGGCGCCAUGAGAAUGUUAACUUUUGGCGAGUUUAUACGCAUCACAUUUGUAACGUAUGUAAAGACUGUGUUAAUUACAAAGAAAAAACGGAGAAAGUGGAGUACAGUGAAGUUUUGGGAGCAGAAAUGAAUGAAAAAUUUCGCGAAAGGUACGAAAUAAACCGUCAUUCUUUUAGCGAAUUAACAAUAUUUAUUUAUAGAUUAAAUUGUUUAUACAAAGCGGCGUCAAUGAAUGUGAAUCGUGUCUCGUGUAUAAAAAACAAAAUUAAAGAAAAAAAAAAAUUAUAAAAAAAAGUAUCUAAACUGAGUGAUAGGAUGCGUGAUUGCUGUCAUCAUAUUAGGAUGCAAAUAAAAACCGAAGAAAAUUUUAAUUAUUAAGGAUAAAAGAUAUAAAUAUAUUUAACAGUGUGAUUGGUGUGUACGUAUGUGUGAAUAAAUUUUGUGUGUAAAGAUUGGUUUAUUGUUGAAGCAGGUUAAAAAUAAUGAGAGAUUGAAAUAUUGUAUUGAUUUCACCGUUUGGCUUUAAACAACACAAAUUAAAGACAGUCUGCUCUGGCUGUGACAAACACUUUAUUUUAGAUGAUAUGAAAAAUAAAAACUGAAAAAAAUCAUUGAUCGUUAAAAAAUGUUAAAUUAUUACAUUAAGAUUUUAUGUGUAUAUAUAUAUAUAUAACAUAUAUGUACACAUACACAUUAAAUGCAAUUUGUUUUUGCACGCAUAAAGAGAAAUAAAAUUAGUUCUCUAAUGUGUUUCGAUUUUUUUUGUGCCUCUGGGUGGUUUUGCGAGCUUUUUUCUUCCGGUUGGCCCGGCGCCUUUACUCUGAAAAAUAAUAAAUUCAUCGUUGCUCGAUCAAACAAAACGUGAGACCGUGAAUAAAAAAGUAGUAGAGACGGGGUAACAAAGUGUCGUAUCGAGCACUGAUUCUAAUUACAAAACUGAAAACAAAAUAAGACAAGAUAGAAUAAUAAUGUAAACAAUUUUGUACAAGGAAUACAAAAAAUUGAAAUAUUAGUACAUUGAAACAUCGGAUAAAUUGUCCAAUGUACGUAAUAUACGUUGAAGUUACAAAGAAGAAAAAAAUAAUCGAAGGCAAAAAAGUAAAAGUAUUUUCGCGUUCUUUACUGUCUUUAGACGUUAAUCGCGUAUUUAUGGUUCUCAGAUAGCGAUUGCACGUGCGCAUCUGUGAAAUGAAUAAAACAAUAAAAUCGUUUAUUUACAGUA